CUUUUGCAAACCCUAUGGGUCUUCCUUCGUCGAGUGGAGAGCAGACCGACUUCGAAAAUCCUACAUCGGCGGCCGCCAGUAUAUUCCACUGUAUCGGCAAACAGAAGACCGACAUAGUCUGCUGCCCUUCUUGUGUGUCCGCCUCGUGCCCCUGAGAGGCCAAGGAAAGUAGCCACCGCGCUCGCUCUCUCGAUGUUGGUACAGAAUGACAACGAUGUGCCCUCUGGAAACGGCUCGGGUCGCUCGCUGCCCAAUGGCAUCCUCAUCGCCUGCGCCGCUUCUGCCAUAUUUGCCACGCUCUUCUCCUUCUACUCGAUCAAUCAGCAGCUGCGAAACUACCGCAAGCCUCACCUCCAGCGCCAUGUCGUGCGGCUGCUCCUCAUGGUCCCGAUCUACUCAACAUCAUCGAUGGCUUCGCUCUUGAGUCUCGACGCCGCCUUUGUCAUUGACCUGGUCCGGGACAUCUACGAGGCCUUUGUCAUCUACUGCUUCUUCAACCUCCUCGUCGAAUACCUCGGCGGCGAACGCUCGCUGUUGAUACUCGUCCAUGGCCGCCGUCCCACCAAGCACCUCUUUCCCGUCAAUCUCUUCUUCACUCCGCUUGAUAUAUCCGACCCUUACACCUUUCUCGGCCUCAAGCGCGGCAUCCUGCAGUACGUCCAGGUCAAACCUGCCUUGGCGGUCCUCACCGUCGUGCUCAAGAGCUUCGGCAAGUACGAUGAGGGCAAGCUGGCCGUGUCCAACGGCUACACGUGGGUCAGCAUCGUCUACAACUUUUCCGUCUUUCUCUCCCUCUACUGUCUCGGCAUGUUCUGGGCCGGCCUCAACGACGACUUGCAGCCUUUCCGCGUCACGAGCAAGUUCCUCUGCAUCAAGGGCAUCAUCUUCUUUAGCUUCUGGCAGGGUCUCGCCAUCUCGAUCUUUGUCGCCGCUGGCCUCAUCCGGCAGAUUGGGCCCGUCCGCGACGAGCAGUACAUUUCGCUGGCCGUGCAGGACAUGCUCAUCUGCUUUGAGAUGCCCCUCUUUGCGUUAGGCCACGCCUACGCCUUUUCGCCGCGCGACUACAUCGACCCCUUUUCAAGGUACCAGAGCCGCUUGCCGGCGUACUAUGCGGUCCGAGAUGCGAUUGGCAUGUACGACGUCAUCAGCGACAGCCUCAACACGAUCCGCGGCACCGGCUACGGCUACCAGACAUUUGAGCCGGCCGAAGGCGUCCUGCACCAGGGCCUCGGCCGCGAGAGGAGGUCCAAGGCCGGCCUGCGCUACUCGGCCGGCGGAAAGACAAAGUACUGGCUGCCCCAGCGGACGCGGCAUCUGGGGCCUGCCAAUGCGCUGAGGAUCUGGAUCGACCGGAAGCGGAUGGACCACGAGGGAUAUGCGCCGCUGCUGAGGAGCGAGGCAGCACAGAUCGUCCAUCGUGACCCGGAUCUCGAGGCUGGUGAGGGAGGAGAGAACGAUGCCGACGAGGGGCAAGGAUCCAGGCACCCGCUGCAGGACUCGAAUCAGGAAGGGGAGCCGACCGAGUCGACGUCGCUGCUGGGCAACCUGCCAGGCUCCAAGCGCAGCGCAGGUGACCUGGUCAAACGGGCAGGGCAGUGGGCGUCUAAGCGGGCGAAUGCCUCGAUACAGUACUUUGACGACAUGGAGGUGAACCGCCACCGGCACGACUACCCCUCGGACGCAGCUGCAUCGGAGGACAAGGUGGAGUUCUCUGACGUGGAAGCGUCCGACGAAGUCGAGGCGCUUUUUGCCAAUGCGAGGGCGCUCGAGCAUGGCGACUAUGCCUUUCCGAGCGUGGACGUGGGCAUGGAAGAGGAGCGACGGAAGCGAUGGAGGGACGAUGAGGAGCUAGUGAGGCGAUACAAGGUCAGGAGAGGGCAGCGUGGGAAGAUCAGCAGGGCGCUCGGCAGCCACGGGCCCAGCGCCAAUGAUGCAGAAGGCGACACAAGGAAGAGCAAGGACCGAGAGGAGCAGGAGCAGGAGCAGGGCCAGAGCGGGAACAAGAAGAACAGAAAGGGGAAAGAAUCCGAAGAUGGCAAGGACGCCGAGGGAGGCAAAGGCGAGGCACCGCCCGGCGUCGUGGAUCUCUUGGUCGAGGACAACCAGGCAGAGGAGAGGGAACGGCUGCGCGAGCGCAGGAGGGGAGACCCGGCGUUGAGGGCGGGGCAACGGACAAGAAUCUUUCGGAGAAAGUGGCAGUCAAAGGACGCUGAGGGUGGUGAUGAGGGAGGAGCCGGCGAGGAAGAGGAGGCAGAAUUCAUGGAGGAGGAGCAAGAAGACGAGGGUCAAGGACAGGGGCAGGGGCACGACACGUACAGGAAGUUGCACCAUCAAGGCAUCGAGAAGAGGGCAAAGGCGGACGGCGGCACGGCUCAUCCCGACGCGCUUGAUGUGGACGAGCGCAAGAAAGCUGGAGGACAAGACGAACAGCGCGAUGAGGGAGAGGAUGAGCAAGGGCAGCAAGAUGACAAAGUCGAGACGGCCGAAGUGGGCGAGAGAGAGACGAUUGCGACGGAAGUCGGUCCGCCAAAGUCGUGA